AGUGGUGGUGAUUAUGUUUGCCUACAGUCUGCUCUGGUGCUCUAUCACCGCGAGUAUCCUCCUGGGUCGGCUAAGUUCACACACUAAGUACUCUUCAUUCCAAUAAAAUUAAUAGUUGCAGAUUGUCGUGAACCAAAAGAAGGACUUCCAUUGACAGCAACUUAGGAGUGACGAACACUGAAUAUUAUUUGUGCCGCAGUAACGUAAACCACAGAAUAAUGAUUGAACAAUUCGUUUGGAUUACAUUCAGUCAUUAUUUGCGAUUCUCGAUAGAGAGAAAGAAUCGAUACAAAUACGAGUGUAGGAAGGGUAUAAACAAUACUCUUAGAGACGAAACGCUGAAAUUCAGACUGCGGCCGAAAGACAACUCGUACUUAGGAUGUCCGAUUGAUGAGAGAGAGGAUGUAUCAUUCCUGCUGUACACAAGGUUUAACCCCCUAAUUUCACAGAAGCUGUACCUUGAUGACGACUUGUCUCUAGAGGCCUCUCACAUUAGUGGUACACACCCCACAGUGGUAUAUGUGCAUGGAUUCACGGAGAGAGGAGGCGGCCUCAGCGGAUCCGUGAUAAGGGAUGCGUACCUACAGCGAGGCUUCUACAACGUGAUCUUGGUGGACUGGCAUGAGCUCUCAGCUAUGCCGUGGUACAUCGCGGCUGUUCGGAACUGUCAAGUAGUGGGGCUUUACUUGGCGAAGUUUCUAGACUACCUGGACAGUAGGGGGAUCCCCCUCAGCAAUGUGCACAUUAUAGGCUUCAGCCUCGGAGCGGAGGUAGCAGGAUACACCGGGCAGAAUCUUAGGGAUGACAAGGAUCCAAAACUUCCCAGGAUAACGGGACUGGACCCAGCCUAUCCUCUGUUCAAAUACGUCCAUACUGGGCUUCGUCUGAGUAAAGGAGACGCUAUAUUUGUUGAUGUGAUCCACACGGACGGAGGUGUUCUGGGCUUCCCUUCGCGUGUUGGACACGCCGAUUUCUUUCCAAAUGGAGGAAAACCGUUGCAGCCGGGUUGUGAUCUCUCGUCUAUCUUCGCCCGCUCGUCGUUUGAAGACUUAACGUUCUGCAGUCACAAGAGAGCCUGGAAGUAUUAUGCGGAAUCCGUAAACAACGAAGCUGGAUUCCCCGCAGUGCGAUGCGAGGACUGGCAGGAUUUUCGCUUAGGGAUGUGUUCUCCUGAGCAUGGAAUUACUUACAUGGGGAUAGCAGCAACUGCCAGUUCAUCAGGGAAUUUCUUCUUAGAGACCAAACCAAAUCCACCCUUCGCCAUGAUAAGCGGACGAUGACGCGUGACCACAGACAGAAUUGGAUGUCAUCGGUGAAAUUGAUGAGUGAACAAGAGAGAAACAUCAGGCUGAUUUACAGGAUUCUUUUAACAUCGAGUUUCGUCAGAUUUCCACCUAUACCGACAGAUCUACAACAUUAUGUUUAAAAAACAACGAAUAACGUUUAUUUUUACUACACAGUAACUGCUUUGCAUGGCAUAUCGGUUAAUAAUUAUUCAGCUGAAAAGAGAAAUUCAUUCGAUAGAAACCAAAAGUAAAUCGUCGGUAUUUAAAAAUCUCAAUAUUAGAUAAUUUCCUGAGCCAGCUGAGUCCAAUUGCAAGCGAUUCAUCUACGAUCAAGUUAAUAUCGUUUCUCUGCCUACGCUUAUAUCCCACUAAUUAAUGAUUUGCAAGACAUGCUGUCGUCACUUCUUGCGUUUCCUAACAGUGAAACACGUCCCACCAUCAGCUUGUAUUUAGUCAUCCGAAAAAUAUCAUGUAAAGAGCAAGAUUGCCAUUUCUCACAACGGAAAUAUAUUUUUGACAUGUUACCAGAAUCAGAUAUAUAUUUUCUUUGUAUUUGUUUAAACGAACACUUCAGUAAGAUCUGUCUCAAAUAAAAGUUGCAGACCCUGAAAGAGCUGUACUUUAUGACAUAUACCGUGUAUGUUUGCCUCAAUUGCUAUGCGGUGAAUAACUCUAAUACUGAAUUAAUAUGCGGGCGGUGAACCAUAGUAGUCGAACUGUUGCAUAGCAAUGGACGCUCUAUUCUUGAAUGCUUGGGAAUGCUUUUACCUAUUUGUUUCCUAGAAACGGUCCAAUCUGUCACGAUAUUUUGGUUCUAGACUUCCGACAAAUUUUCUGAGAAAACUACAGCCUCCAUCUUCAGGGAAGAAUUAAAAUAUCGAGAGAGCAGGUUCCUCUGAAACGUUGGGAAUCAUUUGACAGCGUACACUGUGUCAUAUCCGGGGACGAAACAGUAUUUCUGCAUUGUGCCGAAACGGCGAAUCCAUUUCUGUUCAUAUUUGUUCAAUCUAUAAUUCUUCCGAAAUGUCUUUAUCUCCUUUACAUCCCAUCAGUCUGCUCCGUGCCGUCUGUUCGUUGAAGGUUACUCCUUUACCCGCACGUGUUUUCAAAGCUUCUGUAGACUGGAGUUCAAGAUAUCCAUCACGGAAAUGAAGCAGUCCAGAGCCCCUCGUGGUUGUUGCCACCACUAAAGGGAAACUUCCAUUAGCCUGAGGAAAUUCUAUUGUUUACUUUUUGUUCGUUUCCACUCUCAUCCAUACGCUCCGACCCUCAGCUACUGCGCUACAGCAAAGCGAAAGCACUCUGCUUUAGAACACCUGUCCCUGUGCCGGCUGGCUCUGCGUGACGCGAGGCACGCCUCAGUUCCAUCAGAAUUUGUUCUGUCGCACAUGGCAUAACGAACGGACGGGCUGAUAUGAGUUUUCUUGAUUCAGUGACAGUCUAGUAUGCGCAUCCGUUAAUAUACUUUCAUAUACGUGAAAUACAGUAUGUGCGUUAUACUAUAUUGUGGCAUCUACACUCGUUGCUAGGCAACGACUGUGAAAUAAAUAGCUAUACAAACUUCCGUUGCUAAGCAACAGAUUCGUAACACGCAACAAAGGAGUAACGGGAAAGCGAUGUUCUCUACGCGGCCCGUGCGACAGCUACGUCACGCAGUAGUAGAAGAACUAAUGGGAGAGGUGUUUUCCAUACGGUCCGUGCUGAGACCAUAUAACGAGGAGCAGCUGCGAUUACGAGAGAGACGGCUUCCAGUGUGGAGGCGAGGCCGAAUACCUCCAGCGUAACACCAAUGUGGGAUUGUCGAUGCUUGAAGAGACAGCCAUGUAUUAAACUUCGAUACAAUAUUUGUUGUUGCUAUAUUGAAUGCAUGGACACGUUGGAAGAUUUUCUCCACUUCUCUCUCUGUAGCAGGUCUUCUGAUGGACCGCUGUCCAUGCUUCUUCAGGGUCACCAAUGCGAUGAAAAGGGAACCCAGUAUCUUGGGGCAUAUCUGGGCCACUCUCUUCCUGGGGGACAUAAAUACGGGGACCUGGCCCGGAGUAGUCUAGAACCUGAGACAGUAAAAUAUGGUCAUGAGAACCGGGGUCUCGGACCUGAGAAUGACUAUGUCAGCGAGGGUGAACACCAACU